AUGGAGAAGUGGAGAAACCAAUUGAGAAAUGGACUGUCGUGGACUAUGAAAGAUUGCAACGUUGUCGCAGCCACUGACGUUGUCGCACGCCUGGAUGCAACUGUGCUGCAACACAUCCAGGAGAAAGCUCUGUCGGCCGCCUCCCAACCCGCCUUGCUUUGGCUUGUGAAAUGUGAAGAUGGAUGGCAAAAGGAGUCAUGGACCUACAAGGAGGUGUGGCAGGCCGCCAUCUCUUGCGCAGAAAAGCUUAAGGCACUGCCUGAAACGUCGCAAGGAUGUCAUGUGGCGAUUUGCAUCGACGAGGGGCCGGCACUUCCUUUGGUGGAACUGGGAGUGCUCCUGGCAGCCAUGUGCAUUGUUCCCUUGGAUGCUUGCGAGCCCACAGGCCGCUUCGUCAGCGUGGUGGCAGACAGUGAGCCAGCCGUGAUCGUCGCGAAGGACUCAUCCAACCGCUCGAGCAUUCAGCAGCACUUGGCCUCUGAUUUGCUUCCAGGACGUCGGCAGACGGCCGUCCUCCUGGCAGCUGAGCUGCUGGAGGUCUGCGAGCUUUGCGCUGAGGACCGCCUGCUGCUGCUGAGCCGUGUGCUGUCGCAGCUGCCGAAGGCCAAAGUGGUGCUGUCCUCCACCUGGCGCAGAGAUGAGGCGCUCUUUUUGGAAGCCACGCAGCAGCUUGAGGCACACCAGGUUAGGAUCAGCGGAACUACACCGAUUUCUGGCUACGAGACCAGAGUCGACGAGAUCUGCGCGUGGUUGGAGGCCAGCAUGGCGCGCGGACUUGAGACGACCUCCUUCGUGGUGCUCGACGACCAAGCGAUGGACGAGGGCCGAGUGGUGUACACAGAUCCAUCGGUCGGGCUGGAAGAAGCAGUGGCAACUCGAGUCUUAGAGCGGUUCCAAAGCGUGCCGCCCAGCGAAACCUUAGAGGCCACGCUGAAGCGCUGGCGGUCCAAGACAACCGCCAGGUCCAGGCCCAAAAACUCCGCGUGGUUGUUUGCUUGCCACACUGCGCUGGCAAUGUUUUGCGGUGCAGAAAAAAACAGCCGUGCGCAGAAGGUAGUGGCAGUCACUGGGAGCGGAAGUAGCGGAAGUUUCAAUUUUUAG